AUGAAGCUCGCACUCGUCUCUCUCCUAUCCUUGGCCUGCGUGGCGUCAGCGUCACACCAAGGCGGGAGAACAAUGGAGCACCUCAUGUCGCUGAAGGUGCAGUCCAGAGAGCGUGCCCGGGCCCAGGGUCUGUUCAAUCUGAACCGCUACCCGGAUCAGGCAGACAAGAAAUGCACCCAGGGUAAGGCGGGAGAGUACUCCUGCCAGAACGUCGACCUCCUGAGCUUCCUCAGCCACCAGGCUCUGGGUAGCGUCACCCGUGAGGGCAAUGAUGUCUGGGGCUGGACUUCUGCUGAUGGGCGCGAGUUUGGCGUCGUCGGACAGACAGACGGAGUUGCGUUUGUUGAGAUUCUUGAGGACGGCAGUCUUGAAUAUGUUGGGCGUCUGGCAACUCAGACGGAACCCUCUGUUUGGCGUGAUAUCAAGGUUAUCGGUGACCAUGCAUAUAUUGGCUCGGAGGCGACCGGCCAUGGGCUGCAGAUUUUCGAUCUGAAGAAGUUGACCACAGCGUCCGCCUCGGAUCCGACCGAAUUCUCGCCAUCGAAGGACUUGACGGCCUGGUACACCGGGUUCGGAAGCUCUCACAACAUCGUAGCGCACGAGGAGACGAACACGAUCUACGCAGUUGGAACGUCGCGAAACCUUACCUGCGCUGGAGGUCUGUGGAUAGUCGAUGUGUCUGACCCAGCCAAACCUGUCUCUCCGGGUUGUGCCAAUGAAGAUGGCUAUGUUCAUGAUGCUCAGUGCGUUUUCUAUAAGGGCCCGGAUGAGAAAUACGUCGGCCAGGAAAUUUGCUUCAACUACAACGAAGAUACCUUGACCAUCGUUGAUGUGACCGAUAAGACGAGCCCUAUCCAAAUCUCGAAGACGCCCUACGUCGGCGCCAGCUACACCCACCAAGGCUGGCUCGUUGACCCAGAGGAUCAUUCCUACCUGCUUCUUGACGACGAACUCGACGAAGUGGACGGUACAGGUUCUGCGGCGAACGGCCAUACCACGACCUAUAUUUUCGAUAUCAAGGAUCUCUCCGCGCCUAAGCACACCGGUAUCUACCAGUCCCCUGUGCGCUCAAUCGACCACAACCAAUACGUCGUCGACGGCCUCACAUACCAGUCCAAUUACGGCAGUGGCCUGCGCGUCGUCGAUGUGAGCUCAGUCUUUGAAGACCCGACCGGCUCUUCAUUCAAGGAGGUCGGCUCUUUCGACGUCCACCCCGAGGAUGAUGCCGAGGGAGGCGAGGUGGAAUUUGUCGGAAGCUGGAGCGUGUACCCCUACUUCGCCAGCGGGCAUAUCCUCCUCAAUAGUAUCGAGCGGGGUAUCUACUCGCUCAAGUAUACGGGGCCAAGUGCCAGUCGGGGCUAG